UUACCGGUGCUAGAACUUCCGCCAGAACCUUUGCAUUCAUUGGUUUUUGGUAAUUCGCCAACGUCAAAGCAUUUCCUCUUAAAUAUUCAAAAAUACAAUUCAUGCUUUCAAAUGACAUCUUUUGGAGCUACAAAUAUUAUAAAAGAUGGAUUUAUGCCGACGUUUAAGAUUCAAGGUCAAAUAUACCAUAGAGCUGGGUCUUUGCUACCAUUCCCAGAUGGUGAUCAUAAAUUUUUGCAAAUAUAUUUCAUUGAUGGUGAGAAUCGUGAAUUAAAUAAGCGCUGUGCAAUUUCGACGAAUACGAGAAGAUCAAUCGUGAAUGAAUUGCAAACAUUUUUUCAUCAACACAAUGAAUUGGUGAAAUUGUUUAAAGUGGCACUCGAACGGAUGCCCUCCGAUGGCCACAAAAUCAUAAUAAAAGCCGAUAAAACACCAAUUGGGGAGCACACCAGACGAUUCAAUGCACCAACGAUUGAUGAAGUAGCCAUUGUUGUGGUUGGCGAACAGUUUCAGUCACGAGACAUUGUUUUGUAUUGUAGAAAUGAGAAUUUACAACGUAUUUCAGAACUCCAUCGCUGUUAUGAUGCAUUGCAAUACCCCAUUUUGUUUUGGAGAGGGGACGAUGGCUAUCACAUCAACAUACCAAUGAUAAAUCCAACAACUGGUACAUAUACAUUUUAUUUUGUUUAACACGUUCGCGUUCAUUUGAAUUUAGCGGGUGGCUGCCAGAUAAUCACUUAAUUUUUCCAUACAAAAUUGAAGAGCGGGAAUUCCCGCUUUUUUUCUACAGGUUAAUUUUUUUAAAUAGUCUGAACAAAUUAGGGAAUUCCCGCCAUUACCACAUGAAUUUCCUAUGCACUUUUGUCGGGAUUUCCCGCAUUU